AUGUCCACCUCCCUCCCCGCCCUAGCAACCCUGACGUCAGAGCCCCGAGACCGCCAAUUCCAAGUGCUGGACACCCUCUUCGAGCCGUCGCCCGAACUACACACCCUCAUGGCGCCCGUCCUCGCCCACCAAACCUUCGACAGCUACGCGAGACUGAUCGACGCUGUCGGCGGCCGCAUGUCGGCCCUGUCCGCGGCCGACUCCUCCAAGGACCGCGAGAUCCUGUACGGGAUCCUGGGCUCGCAUCCCCGGCUGGGACGGCCCAAGGCCGGCCCGACGGAGCAUCUGAGCGAGCUCAGCAGGAAGGAGCAAGCGCAGCUGAACACGGGGGCGGAGGAGCAGGCGGAGCGACUGCGGGUCUUGAACGCCGAGUACGAGGAGAAGUUUCCGGGGUUGCGGUUUGUGACCUUUGUUAAUGGGAGGGAUAGGGAUGUGAUUAUGGAGGAGAUGCGGAAGAGGAUUGAUAGGGGGGAUGCGGAGGCGGAGGUUGAGGAGACUAUUCAGGCUAUGUGUGAUAUUGCGAAAGAUCGCGCGCGGAAGUUGGAGUAG